AUUAUGGCGGUUGACGGUGCUGGUGCUCCUGAAGCGAUAUUCGUCAGUUCUGACAAAGCUACUGGCGCUUCACGAUUCAUUUAGAAGUGUUGAAUAUUUCCGAGCCUCGCGAUGAGUACGACGAAAAAUUCGUCCGCAGAAUUCAAAGUAACAGAAUUAAAAGUGUCCGAUUAAUUUUUGAUAAUUCGUUGUGCGCGUGAACUCGAUGUGGUACAGUGUCGUAUCAUAAUUUAAAACAUAUAUGUGUAUAUGUGUGCAUAUAUAUAUAUAUAUAUAUUUAUAUAUACAUGACAUCACGCGUGGUUUCUGCGAAAUUUAAGUUUGCAAAUUCUCGACAAGACGAAGCCAAUAAUUCACAGUUGGAAUCUUCAAAGUGGUGCAGACAGUUAUUUGUCUGAUUUCACAAUCCUGUAUCUUCGAGAACGUUGUAGAACAUAAUUUACAACCAAGUGCGCAUCCGUGUCAGCUCGACCGCGAGCAAUCUCGGCGCUUAUCGCGCUCGUAUACUCGGGUGAUGAGAGACGGUGAAAAUGAGGAUAGACCUGGCAGCGGAAGUUGAAGUAUCGACGGAAGACAGCAGCUCGCCCGCCGCAGUGGAUAGCAUGGACACGGAUGAUUACGACGGGGUCGAGGCAGAGUUGACGAGUCUCUCUUGGCUGCAGUCGCUGGACAUAACCAGCGCGUCGGGUCUACCGACGCCGCCUUGUUCGCCGUCGCCACCACCGAUCGCUCGUCAACCCCCGAAAAAACUCUCGCCCUUGGUCAAAGCUGAAUUAGAUCUUGCGGAGAAUGCUGAGAAGUAUCGGACGGAUCCCGACGCGAAACCGCCGUUUUCCUAUGCAACUAUCAUAUGUCUUGCGAUGCGCGCGAACAACAACAAAGUCUCCCUCUCCAACAUCUACGCGUGGAUCCGCGAGAAUUUCCUCUUCUACAAGUACGCUGAUCCGGCCUGGCAGAAUUCGAUCCGGCACAAUCUUUCGUUGAACAAGUGUUUCAUCAAAUUACCGCGCUCCAAGGACGAGCCGGGCAAAGGCGGUUUCUGGAAGCUGGACAUUGAGCGUAUGGAAGAGGGCAAACGAUCUAGACGUCGUUCCGCGAUAUCGCAGCGAAUUCGCGGCUCGAAGAAUCGUCAGUGCCCGUCCACGACGGCAACAGCGACAUCAACGACAACAGCGACGACGGCAGCGGCGGCGGCGGCAACGAUAACGCUCAACGCUCUUCACAACAGCUGCACGCCGCCCACCAGCUGCUUGUCCACUCUGUAUGAAACUCCACCCAAUAGCGUGUCACCUCCGAUCCCGGACACUUUGUCCGAGGUACCGGAAUCGACACAAGUAAGCCUGAGUGAGGACGAUCUCACGGGCUUGCUGAUCGCCACCGCCGGUUGGGACGAGAAUCAGCUAGAUCUACUAGACUCUUUGCUGGACACCCUCUAAACUCCGGCCGGCGAUUUUCCCCCGCGAAACAUCUCAGGAAUCCAUUGGCUCUCUCUGAGCGGAACGAACGUUCUCAGGUCUGUGCGUAGUCCUCGACUUCCUGUUCCAUUCGAUCGAACACAAGCAACAGCACCCUCCGCGAACCUCGACUCGGCUCGACCUAGAAUGAGUCAAUUGUUAUCUCUAUUGCAUUUCGCAUAAGAACGUUCUAUUCCACAUAGUGAAACAGCGGCGUUAUCGUAACGCUAUCGCGACUGAAUUAACAUAACGCGUUGAAUCAUUCUUAAAAAAAAUGCAAAAUUUUUAAUCAUUUAAUAUCUGUAUCUUUGAAAAAGGGUCAAAUGUCGAUUCCGCAAUUGAAACUUGAUUGAAUACGCGACGACGGAAAGCGAAGAGUCGGAAAAGCGAUAUUUAUGUUAAGGAAGAGAAGAUAGAGGAAAGAAGUACACAUCUUUUAUCUUCUUCCUUAACCGCAGAUACAUACGACAUGCUAUACAAACACACACACACAUAUACACACAUUACACAUAAAAUGUGUAAUAAUAAGCGUUGUAAUUUCAACAUUCAACGAAAUCGUACUAACACGCCGUCCAACAUUAAAACGUAUAAAAAAAAACACGAGUAUUGUAAUGUGUGAGAACUGUUGCUGAUAAAAUGGCUGAUGGUGGCAAGAUAUAUUAUAAAUGAUCCGCGUUUGAAGUAUUAUUAGAUUAUGCCGCGAAGUACUCGUCGAGUAUAUCCCGGCGACAUAUUACGCGACGAGGAAUAUCAGUGUGUGUUUCAUAUAUUUGCGCUUUGGUGAAAUCAUUAUCGGAAGUGUGAAACGUUCCUCUCGCCAUUUAUCUGAACAAUCUUCUUCAUUUCUACAGCUUAUUUUCCUAUUUAGCUUUCUCUCUCUCUCUCU